UCGUUUGUCAAAGUGACAACCAGCCGGACUGAAUCCGUAAAUUUGUAAUAUUAAAUCAAAAUAUUUCUACACUAGUCAAAUUUUAUUGCAUUUAAUAACUUAGAAUAUGUGUUAAUUAAAGUAAAAAUGGCGCGCCUAUUUAUAAGUUUUGUGUUUAUUUGUUUAGUAUAUCACUUGAAUGCGGUCUAUGCGCAUGAUCAUCUGCUUGAAGGCAUUUAUUGCGGUAAAGAAAACUGCUACGAUGUCCUGGGUGUUACAAGGGAGGCUACUAAAAAUGAAAUCGCCAGGAGCUACAGGCAGUUGGCGAAAAGAUUUCACCCUGACAUGCAUCGAGGCGAAAAGGAGAAAAAAGAGGCAGGGGAGAAGUUUAAAGAGAUAGCGACUGCUUACGAGAUACUUCGCGAUGAAGAAGAGAGAUCAGACUACGACUACAUGUUGGACAACCCUCAGGAGUACUACGCACAUUAUUAUAGGUACUACAGACGCCGUAUGGCACCUAAAGUCGACGUAAGAAUUGUUGUAGCUGUAACUAUUACCAUAAUUUCUAUUAUACAGUACUACAGUGCAUGGUCAAAAUACGAUACAGCUAUUAAAUACUUCAUGACAGUCCCCAAGUACAGAAACAGAGCGCUUGAAAUUGCCAAAGCAGAAAUGACAGAAUCUCAAAGUAAAAAAGUCAAGAAAAGUAAGGCUCAGCUAAAAAUAGAGCAAGACUUAUUAAUAAGGCAGGUCAUAGAGGAAAAAAUGGAUAUAAAAGGUGGUUAUGCAAAACCCGAAAUUGUGGACAUAUUGUGGAUACAAUUGAUUAUAUUUCCUUACACUCUGGUACGUUACUUUUAUUGGCAUUUUAGAUGGUUGUGGAAGUUUACGAUUUUAAAACAACCCUAUGGUACUGAGGAGAAACUCCAUAUAAUAAGAAAGUUUAUGGAGCUUGGUCAAACACAGUUUGAUGCUUUGGAAGAUAAGGAAGUACAGAACUUUCUGGAUGAAGAGCUUUGGAUAAGAGAGAACUAUGACGUUUGGAAACAAAUGAAAGAUGAAGAAACUAAAAAAGCUCUAGCAGAGAACAAUAAAUACAAACAGUACAGACGGUACCUCAAGCAACACGGUGUUGGACGGAUGACCUUUGAUGAUUCAUAAUAAAAUAUAUUGUUUUGUUUUGAUAACAGUUUAUUUAUGAAAAUGUGUUAUGUAAAUGUUUAAUAAUGUGUCUUGUGGAAUAAGUUUCUUAUGUUUCUUAUGAAUGGUUCAUUCCCACAUAUCAGUCAUACUAGCAUGCUUUUCAGCAAGUUAUCAGUUCCACAAAAGGAUUCUCUUAAUCAAUAUAAACCUAUUCACAUAAACUUCAUUAAGUUCCUAAACUUUUAUAGGACGUUUGUGUUGUGACUCUUAACAUAAGGUUAAAAAGUGACUGUUGAAUAUAUUUAUAUAAUAUUUUACUCUUUAUGAAAUGAGCCAAGCUAAAAUGGCUUUCAGAUUUGUAUUUUGUAUAGACUGGAUAUGGAGAUAUAUAACAAAAUAUUAUAAACAUAAGAUAAACUAUAACUUUACUAUCCUUUUUACUAUCUAAUUUCUGUGUUUUCCAAAGCUAAUAAUGAAAUUAUGAUGCUAUAAACCAAUACUUACCAAUUAAAAAGCAUUAGUAAUGUGACCUAUUUGUGACAGUUCAAAUCAGUACAUUUUGUUUUUGGGCAACAGGAUGGGGUGCCUUCCAUCCUGGACAAAAAUCUUAGCCCAUUAAUCAGAGUUUAAAAUGAAAGCAUGGUGAGUCUAAUUUUGUCAUGAGAGAUUUUAUUUUUGUUAUCUUGAUAAAAAUUUAAUUUUUUCACUUCAUAGGGUAUGCCAAACCGAAGUGUAUUGUAUUGUAAAUUAUAAGUAAUACUAAAUGUUGUUCAAACAGUAUAUUGUUAUAAAAGGAAUGCAAUGCAAUUAAAUAAAACAAUUCCAUACACAA